UCUCGUAGCCGAAUCCUCAAAAAUGCUUCCUUGGUGACAGCCCUGCCCUGGCCACACAGCUUGAUUGCUACCCCUUACGGACUAACAUCUGUUUCCAGUUCAGCCGACAGAUUAAUGCUAACCCAGGCUAGGAUACUUUGUACGCCACUGCCUAUUAAUGAAUUUUGUUUACAGAAGGGAAUAAAUUUACAAAUCUAGUUGAGUGCAGUACUAUUUGCAAGUGUUUUAAUUGCAUCAAUAACCAAAGAUGUCCCGGAGACCAGAGCACCAGGCUCCCCCUGAAGUGUAUUAUGGAAUUGAUGAAGCAUCCAAGUACACUCAAAAUACUCGUGUAAUCGAAGUCCAAGAAAAAUGCUCCGAGAGAGCUCUCGAGUUACUUGCCCUUCCUGAUGAUACUCCUGCACUUCUCUUGGAUCUGGGUUGUGGUUCAGGUCUGUCAGGAGAAAUAAUAAGUAAUCAAGGUCAUCUGUGGAUUGGCUUAGAUAUUGCACCUGCUAUGUUGGAUGUUGCUGUUGAGAGAGAACUAGAUGGGGACUUGAUAUUAGCAGACAUUGGCCAGGGUAUGCCUUUUCGCGCGCGGGUAUGUUUGAUGGGGCCAUAAGUAUCUGCUGUCCAGUGGUUGUGCUAUGCAGAUUCAAGACAACAUAAACCUGGCAAGCGAUUAUAUCAACUCUUUAUGACCCUUUACGCUUGUUUAAGUAGGGGAAGUCGGGCAGUAUUUCAGUUUUACCCAGAGAAUGAUGCCCAGGUUGAGUUGAUUGUAUCCCAGGCUAUGCGAGCGGGUUUUACUGGUGGCCUUGUUGUGGAUUAUCCAAAUUCUACUAAGGCAAAGAAAAUCUACCUUGUCUUGAUGACUGGAGGUACAACACAACUCCCUAAAGGACUUCAAGAAGAAGGAACAAGUCAAACACAAGCUUUAUACCAACGCAGGGAACAACUGAAAAAGAUUCGCUCAGGGAAGCUGUCACGUCAUGAUUGGAUAAUGAAGAAAAAAGAAAGAAGAAGAAAACAAGGAAAAGAGGUCAGAUCUAAUUCAAAAUAUACUGGCAGGAAAAGAAGUGGGAGAUUUUAAUGACAGGUAAAUUAAUUCUAUGAAAAUACAGAAUCUAAAUUAUAUUAUUAACCAAGAAAUCCACUCAUCCACACUGGAGUAUUUAAUGUUUAAAUGACGUCUAGGUGUUUUUGUAUUCAAUUUUUUUGUCAGAACUCAUUAAAGCAUAAGUUUAAAUGUUUAUUUGGAAAUACAAUGACCAGUAAAAGAAGUAACAUGCUUUUGUUAGUAUCUUAUUUGCUUAUCUGAAAUUGUUAGAAAUAUGAAUGCUAAAUAGAAAAAUAUUGUACUGUGGAUUACGUUCAUCUUACAAAAGGGAAACAAUAAAAUUCAACAUAUCUCAGUCA